AUGGCUGCUGCUGUGGGUUGUGGUUUUGCAUCAAUUUCUUGGAUUCAAUUGAAGGAUUCUUCAUCAAAGAGGAAUGUGAAGAAUAGAUUUAGGGUUUCUUCUUCUGCUGUUAGUGAUCCGUACAAGACUCUCAGGAUUCAUCCUGAUGCCUCUGAAUCUGAGGUCAAGAAAGCAUUUAGACAGCUUGCUCUUCAGUAUCAUCCAGAUGUCUGCAGAGGAAGCAAUUGUGGCGUCCAAUUUCACCAAAUUAACGAAGCUUAUGAUUUUGCGAUGGGUAAUUUGAGAGGAGAAUUAAGCAAUCCCGAGAUGCAGAUGUACGACAUGGCAGGGGACGAUGAACAAAUGAGAGGGAUGGAUGACCAAGAUUGGGAUCUUUGGGAAGAAUGGAUGGGAUGGGAAGGAGCGGGAAUACGCGACUACUCAUCCCAUAUCAACCCUUACAUUUAG